UCAGAGCUUUUCUGCAGGUGAAACCCUGCUCGGCCCAGGCACCAGCCGGCGGGGCUGAACCGGCGCCGCUUCCGUGGGACGUACACGGCUCAGGCUGCGGAGUCCAGUAAGAUGUGCCAUGAGCCGCCUCCCCUCGCCCCGGCCUGCCAGCUCCGCCUAGACCCCGGGCACCGCCAGGACACGCUCGCCCUCCAGUCCUAGGGUGGCGAGGGGACCCCACGCUGAACUUGCCGGGAGGCGUUUUCCCCCAACGAUGCCCCAUUUCUGGCUCGCUCUGCGGAGUGUGCUUGUGGAAUACUGGGUAGGGCUUCUGGUCUGCAGCUUUGGGAUUCGGAAUUCGCAUGGGAUGCCCCAUGUCAUCCGGAUAGGAGGAAUUUUCGAGUAUGCAGAUGGCCCCAAUGCCCAGGUUAUGAGUGCCGAGGAACAAGCCUUUAGAUUUUCUGCCAAUAUUAUCAAUAGAAAUAGAACUUUGUUGCCUAACACAACAUUGACCUAUGACAUUCAGAGGAUAUACUUCCAUGACAGCUUUGAAGCCACUAAGAAAGCCUGUGACCAGCUCGCCCUGGGGGUUGUAGCAAUAUUCGGGCCUUCUCAAGGCUCCUGUACCAAUGCUGUUCAGUCUAUUUGCAAUGCACUGGAAGUCCCCCAUAUACAACUUCGGUGGAAGCAUCACCCUUUGGAUAACAAGGACACUUUCUAUGUCAACCUUUACCCCGACUAUGCUUCUCUCAGCCAUGCCAUUCUGGACCUUGUACAGUAUUUGAAAUGGAGGUCAGCUACCGUUGUUUAUGAUGACAGUACAGGCCUGAUACGGCUGCAGGAGCUUAUCAUGGCCCCAUCAAGGUACAACAUCCGACUGAAGAUCCGCCAGCUGCCCAUCGACACGGAGGAUGCCAGGCCCCUGUUGAAGGAGAUGAAGAGAGGGCGGGAGUUCCGCAUCAUCUUUGACUGUAACCACUUGAUGGCAGCUCAGAUCCUCAGACAGGCCAUGGCAAUGGGAAUGAUGACUGAAUACUACCACUUCAUCUUCACUACUCUGGAUCUUUAUGCACUAGACCUGGAGCCAUACCGCUACUCUGGAGUGAACCUGACUGGCUUCCGGAUCCUCAAUGUGGAGAACCCUCACGUGUCUGCCAUCACUGAGAAAUGGUCCAUGGAGCGGCUGCAGGCUGCACCCCGGGCGGAGUCGGGCCUGCUCGACGGGGUCAUGAUGACAGAUGCUGCCCUGUUGUAUGACGCAGUUCACAUCGUCUCAGUGUGCUACCAGCGAGCCCCACAGAUGACUGUUAACUCCCUGCAGUGCCAUCGACACAAAGCCUGGAGGUUCGGGGGCCGCUUUAUGAAUUUCAUAAAAGAGGCCCAAUGGGAAGGAUUAACUGGGCGUAUUGUCUUCAACAAAACCAGUGGAUUAAGGACAGAUUUUGACUUGGACAUCAUCAGCCUCAAAGAAGAUGGUCUGGAAAAGGUUGGAGUGUGGAACCCUUCUGAUGGUUUGAACAUCACGGAGAUUUCCAAGGGGCGAGGGCCCAACAUUACAGACUCACUAACCAACAGAUCUCUUGUUGUCACCACUGUCCUGGAAGAGCCCUUCGUCAUGUUUCGGAAGUCAGAUGCAGCCCUCUUCGGGAACGACCGCUUCGAAGGUUACUGCAUUGACCUUCUCAAGGAGCUGUCCCACAUCCUGGGCUUUACCUACGAUAUCCGCCUGGUGGAGGACGGAAAGUAUGGAGCACAGGAUGAGAAGGGGCAGUGGAACGGCAUGAUGAAGGAACUCAUUGACCAUAAAGCUGAUCUGGCCGUUGCUCCUCUCACGAUCACCCACGUCCGGGAGAAAGCGAUAGACUUCUCCAAGCCUUUCAUGACAUUGGGGGUCAGCAUUCUGUACCGGAAGCCCAACGGGACCAAUCCCAGUGUGUUUUCCUUCCUCAACCCCUUGUCUCCUGACAUUUGGAUGUACAUUCUCCUCGCCUACUUGGGGGUCAGCUGUGUGCUGUUUGUCAUAGCCAGAUUCAGCCCGUACGAGUGGUACGACGCUCACCCCUGCAACCCGGGCUCAGACAUUGUGGAGAAUAAUUUCACCCUGCUCAACAGCUUCUGGUUUGGAAUGGGAGCACUAAUGCAGCAAGGGUCUGAGCUGAUGCCCAAAGCUCUGUCUACACGGAUCAUUGGCGGCAUCUGGUGGUUCUUCACGCUCAUCAUCAUCUCGUCCUACACAGCCAACCUUGCCGCCUUCCUGACUGUGGAGAGAAUGGAAUCCCCCAUUGACUCAGCAGAUGAUCUGGCAAAGCAAACGAAAAUAGAAUAUGGAGCUGUGAAGGAUGGAGCUACCAUGACCUUCUUUAAGAAAUCCAAAAUUUCCACCUUCGAAAAGAUGUGGGCUUUCAUGAGCAGCAAGCCAUCAGCACUCGUUAAAAAUAAUGAGGAAGGAAUCCAGCGAGCCCUCACUGCAGAAUAUGCCCUCCUAAUGGAGUCCACCACUAUAGAAUAUAUCACACAAAGGAACUGCAACCUGACCCAGAUUGGAGGGCUGAUUGACUCCAAAGGCUAUGGGAUUGGAACUCCCAUGGGUUCACCGUACCGGGAUAAGAUCACCAUCGCUAUCCUCCAGCUCCAAGAGGAAGACAAGCUGCACAUAAUGAAAGAGAAAUGGUGGCGAGGGAAUGGCUGCCCAGAGGAGGAGGGCAAAGAGGCCAGCGCUCUGGGGAUACAGAAUAUUGGCGGGAUUUUCAUUGUCCUAGCAGCAGGCUUGGUGCUGUCAGUCUUCGUGGCGAUGAUCGAGUUCAUCUACAAGCUGCGCAAAACAGCGGAGCGUCAGCAGCGCUCCUUCUGCAGCGCCAUGGCCGACGAGAUCCGGCUGUCGCUCACCUGCCAGCGGAGGGUCAAACACAAAGCCCAGCCACCCAUCAUGGUGAAGACAGAUGCUGUGAUCAACAUGCACACAUUCAAUGACAGACGGCUACCAGGGAAGGACAGCAUGACGUGCAGUACUGGGCUGACGCCCGUGUUUCCAUAGGGAACCGGGGUUGGGGCGGAGGGAGGGACUUGCCGGAGAUGGGAUCAGAUGCUCUCUCCAUUAGCAAGGAAGGAAUAAAAAUCCUGGUUUGGUUCAGUUUCAAGAACAAGGCCUUUAACACAACUCCAUCGCUCGCCAGAACAGGAACGGGAAUUUCAAAGCAUGGACUGUAACCUGGUUUUAUUUUUUUAAAAAGGCUUAGCUCCUAUAGGCCUCGUGGAGUCCAAACACACUACACAUCCAGGAGUCUGAUGUUUACAUAUUGAACACACAUGGAGGCAAGCGAGAAUCAAGCCUGACUGACCUUCAGUGGAUAACGAGGAGCCCCGCGAAACUCCAGGCUUCCUUUAGCAUGGCAAUAAAAAAGAAACAUUUUGGGAGUACAGUACAGAUGUGGAGUGAAUGACAGUCCAUGUGAGCAUCUAUUCCAAACUGAUGUACACAGCACAUUUAGGAUAGAACGACCGGGAAGGGGAACACAUAUAAAUAAAUAAAAUGAUUGUCAAAGCUGCUGCCUUCUCUCGAAGCAGUCCACCAUGACCUUUUACCUCAAUGCUGUGCUGGCUGCUUGUCGCCGAGAGCAGGAAGUCCACAUGUGCGUGUGAUGCAAAAAGGCGUGUGGAAAGUCAUCAGAGUCAGACAGCUGGCUAAGAAGGGGCAAGUGAUCUUUAAUGGACUCCCAGACACAAGGCAUAGGAUUAGGGUAGUGCACCAGAAACUGCUGCCAUCUGAAAACACAAAACAAAAUCCUCCUGUGCCAAUUUCCCCUGCAAUGCCAGGGUGGGAUUGUGAUCUUUGGGUCACCAGCUCCUUCACAGCCUGUGGGAAGGUCACAUUCCCCUUAGAAAAAUCUAUAGACUUCAGCAUUAACACGAAGGGAAAGUGAGGGAGCUGUUUCUGGGAAGCUAAUGGGUAAGUCUACACUGCAGUGUAAGCCCAGGAUUAAUAGAAUUCAAGUUUGUUAACCUAGGGCUUGAGUGUCUAUAUUCAUUUGUAACUCCAGGUUAGGAAUUGUUGAACCUGGGGUCUCAACCUGGGGCUCCGGCAUCUACACGGCAUUAAGUGGGAUCGAGUCCAACCACCCAUAUCCCAGACCUCCUAGCAGCCUCCAAAAAUGCAGCCACUCUAGCCAUUUGUUCAUAGUGCAGUUUGGGAAAACUCAACUGUCCAGAGGACAAAGAAAGUUGCCCUACGGGAUUGUGGGAUAUUUCUGGCAGAUUCGUAGAGCACAAGUCCAGUGGGGCUGCGUCUACACUGCAGAGCAAUAGGGCUUGGACCCUGGGUCCCGGCUUGACUCAGGCUUGGACCCUCCAUGGGGUCCUUGGACCCUGGGUCCAAGUCCUGGGUUAGUGCGAUUUGUGUGUAGACCGAAAAGGGGUUAGGCUUGAAGCCUGAGUUCAAACCCUGGCCUUACAUUGCAGUGUAGACACACCAAAUGUUACUAAUUACAGCAAGUUUGAUGGCGGUGAAUUAUGUCUGCGUUGGUUUCAUAUUCCUGACAGGCAGGGAGAGCUGGGUUGUUUGUCUGGUUUAAAAUUAAUGUUUAAUUUGGGGGAGGGGUUGUGGGACAUCCCAGACUUGCAAAGAAGAUCUUGGUCCGAAUAAGCAGGACCAGUCUUGGGUCAAACAGCACCCUGGAUGAGCCAGAAUGUGGCACUCACUGUUGCUCUCCCAGUGCACUCACUGUCCUACCACACAACUGCAUUGCCAUUUUACGCCACCAAAAACACACCAAACAAACAAGAAACUCCAUUUAAAACAGUCUCCAUGAAUGGUGCUUGGAUUUUCAGCCACGGCCCAGGUUGCUUGUCCCACAAGGCUGGUCCUGCAGAUGCAUUCAGUCAGAAUUACCAAAGACACGUGAGCUGAUUUAGAGGUAACCUUUGAGUAGGGUUUGUUUUGUUGUUGUUGGGUUUUUUUGCAUUCUGCCCCCUGAGAGCAUCACACAACAGCGUUCAACGUGACAUUUCACUAGCUCAUUUCCUUCCUGGACCUUUGCAGAACCAGUGAUAGGCUGCAACAUGCAGAGAUGCUUUUCUAAAACGUUGUGGGGAAUGUGCUGAAAAAAUGAGUUCAGGGAUUUGACGCUGUCCGAUUAUGGGGAGGGAUUUAGUGUGGAGGAAAACGAUACUCAGCUUCCUCUUUUAAUACAAAAUCACUAGAGAUCUGCCAUAGGGACUCACUGCACCUUCCAUUCUCUCCCAUCAGAACAGAGGCUAAUCCUCAAGGCUGAUGUUCCCUCCCACAUACAGGGCCAACACGAAGCUUAUACACCACUUAAGUCCUACUUUGAGGGCUUUAGCGGGGCUUUAAGUAAUGCCUUGUGCUUGGUCUCUUCACAGGGUAAAUCUCACCCUAGAUAGUGUGAAUUUAGGAAGGUUUUAUGGCUACAGCAGGAGUCAGCUGCUAAACUAAUCCAAUUUUUCAUGUUCUUAUUUAGAAACAUUUUUAGAGACUUCGCCUGACCCCAAAGGAACAAAUCCAUUUGCAGUUUUGCCCAUUCUCUCUCUUUUAUUUGUUCAGUUUUAGUUUUUAGGGUGGUGGAGUUUGGGUUGAAUUAGCACAUUUGCUCCAGGGAGAACUGUGGCUGCUUUUCACAGAGAGCAUACUCUGGUUUGGUUUCUUCCCACAGUGAAAAAAGGCAAUGUUUUAUCCUGAAAUAAAAUGGUAGCUUUUCUUGCAUAUGACCCUGAUAAAAAAAAAUAGCCAUUUGGGAGAGAAUUUGCCACUAUUCUCUCCUUUUCUUUUCAUAGACGCCAUGACAAGUUAGAGGUGAAACUUGCCAACUCUCCGUGGGUGUAAAACUCCUCUGAGUUUGGUGACCAAGGGUGAAAUUCACCCCAGUGCAAUGGGCCACGCCCCACUUAAAUCCCUCUGCGGCUCUUAAACCAGGCGGAAUGGGAUGGAAGUGGGACGUAAGUGGAGCCUAGGCUUUGUGUCAGCCUCCUUCAGAGGGGGAAACACCAUCCCAAGAGCAAUAGGCACCAAUCUGAUUGCUGACUCACAGAAAGCAACUCCCUUUAAUUGUAACAAGGAGGUGACUUAGCCAUUUUCCCCCCUGCCACCUCCUACACUCAUAUCUGUCUCCAUCCCUAGCCUCACUCAAGCCGAAUUUAGACCUUUUUUGUUUGACUUCCAAAACACUGGCUGACUUCAAAUUCAGUGUUGGAUCCAAAGGGGUUGGAUCCCAACAGCAACAUCAUCUCUGUCACUAAAACAACAAGUGAAGAAAUGUACCAAGAGCAGAAAAUGGGGUGGAAAAAGUACCUCCCUCUCCCAAAAUUAAUUAUUUUCCUUCUCCAUCUCUUUGCACAUGUGGCAGCAUUUCAGACAGGCAGUUUUUACACUUUCUUCUGGGCUUUCCAAGCUCUUAGAAAUAGAUUUCACAAUCAUGGGGAAGUUGAAAGCAAAGCCAAAGCCCUGCUAGACUUUAAAAAAAAAGUGCCCUCUCUCUCUCUCUCUCUUUAAAUGCUCCAACAGGGUGAGCAGUAACAAGACUGUACAAAAUAGCAUCCAUUUCACUCCUCAGAAGAUUAUUUUAAAGCAUAAAAUUUAACCAGUACCAUUUGCUUGGCACAAACAAUGUGACGAGUGAGUUUCUGUCACUGUUGCCCCAAAUUUAUAGGAGACCACGUGGAAUUACCAGUGCUUGCGACCAGCAAGAAAAAUCCCUGCAGAUUAACCUUUUCUCUUCUAUCUCCACAAUUACAGUAAAUUGGCCAUGAAAGAAUAGCCCAUUUCAUGCUUCUAAGUGUUUAAAAUCCUGAGUAUUAAGCCUUUCUCCAUAUUCAGCAGCAAGCAACUGUUCUAUAGGGCUGAAAGUCCUGCUGGAAUGUAGAGGAAAUAGCUAGAAGCCGGACACACAUGGGCACACGGUUAGUGACAGAAUGGACAGCAGACCCACAAGGAAUCCUAAAGGUGUUGGAGUGUGUACCCAGCAGGCGCCGGGGCGGCAUAUGGACCCAGCGGUGUAACUAGCAAAGGGCUGGUGUGGAAUGCACAGAGGGGGUGUAGGUGGCUGAAAGCCAGGAGGAGGGCACUCACUAUAGACGAGUGACUCUGUAACUGUUGAAAGGUGGGGGUGACAUCUCUCAUGUAAUUCACAGCACGAGCAGCAGCAGUUCAGACCUCACCUCCUCACGGGUUGUUCCCCGCCUCUAACGCAGAUUCUCCUGGGCCUUUACUGAAACGCCAAAUAGGUUUCCUCACAGUGGAGGUCUUCCAUACCCACCCACAUCUGUGCAAUUAGCUUCUCACUGCAACUACCAUCCCAUAAGCUCUGCUCUCAUUCAUAUAUAGAGAGAGUCAGACAUGCGCACCUGCCUAAAACUAUAUAUUGUUAAAAGUAUAUGAUACACAUACAAAGGUUUUAAAAUACUAUCUGUAUAUAUUAGCAGAAUGCCAUCAUAUUUUUCUAAUGCCAUCUGGCAAUGAUCUACAAAAUCCACAGUGAAAGUGGACAGGUUAGAAGUCUCUAUGCCUCCUGUCAUUCCACCCUCCUUGCCCACCCUAACACAAAGAGAUCUCGGGUAGGGCUGGAGGCAGUUUGUGGAGUCUGGAUGGUGACCUGUCUUGUCCCAGGUGGCCGUACAAACCCAUUCAGUUUAGCAGCUUGCAAUUUCAAGUUCCUCUGAAUGUCCUGGCUGCACCUAAUUGUUACUGAUUAAUCCCAUUCCCUUCGUUGAGCUACAGAUAUUGGUCCAGAUUCCCAGCCAGUGUAAACCAACUUCACUCUAUUGACUUCAAGGAACAACAUCAAUUUACACCAGCUGAGGAUCUGGCCCAUUGCCUUUAUUUGUGGCAGGGAUGAGAGGGUCCCAUCGGUUAGAUUGGUUCAUUUCAACCAAAAUGUAGGGAUGGGGCCUUGCAAUUUCUGAUCUCUGUUAUACUGGUAUAAAUCUGACUAAAGUUGCUUUUGAGGUAUGCUGCCUUUGACUGAUAUACCUGAGAUCAGAAUCUAUCCCCUUGCCUCCACUAAUCCUUGGGGUGCAUCAGGCCUUUGGACUGGCUGCCAAAGGUAAAGUGUGCACCAGGCCAUCUCUGAUUGUGGAGAAGUGGUGAACUAGGAGCUAAACAGACAUUUGAAAGGAAACUUUGCAAUAGGUAGAAAAUUUAAUACAAACUAAAAAUCCUUUGGAAAUCAUUUUGUCACACAGCACAUACAUUUGUCUGAAAUACAUGUCACAAAGUAAUUAACUUCCACUGCAUAUAAAUCAAUCACAUAAAUUUGGGGUGGGGGGGAGACGUGGGAAAAAACAUUGAUAUAAAAUGCUGCUUUUUCAGUUCCCUGUCACUCUUACAGGAUUCAAUGUCUCCUUUUUAGUCUCUUGUAAGACCAAUGAAGUAACACAAGGAUGGGUUGGUUUGGGAUUUGUUCAUGGUUAAAAAUCUUCCAAACUCACUAUGGUAAAAGUUGCGUCAUUUUUUAAUUUUUCUUUUUGGGGGCUAAUUUCUAGUGUAAAUUUCCAGCACCCAACACUCAGCCUACAUAGACACCAAUGGAAUGAAUAUGCAAAGGAGCGCGGGAAUAUGUUUCAAGAUUGCUGUUGGGGGGGUUGGAUCAGAAAUGUUAUUGUAUGUUUCCAUGGUAGAGGUUUCUGCCAGGUCUGGGCUCCAGUAUUUCUCCCUAUAGCAGCCAUCAGUGCAGUUCUGGCAGCUGAAUUCCAGCACUGGAAGUCAUUAUGCAGCAUUCGUGAUCUCACAAAGUUGAGCCAUGUGCUAUGUGCCAACCUGCUGUGAGAGACCAGGUCGAAACAUACUCAACACAUUGUUUGGUUUAAUCACAGCUCCCUUGCUCUGGAAAGUUAUGAUUGGGCCUUGCAAGUUAAAGCCAGUCUGCCUGGAUGACAUGGAUUUCUGAGCAUUGUUGUAGAAUGCCCUUUGCUAUCUAUAAUUUUCUUUGACAUGUUUCUCAAAAAAACUGGUCUCUGUGACAUUCAGGGGAUUUUCCUUUGUGGACAUGCAGAAUUUCUAAGAAUAUAGUUUUUUGUAAACAUUUUGUAACAAUUUUGGUUUCAUAGUAACUGUGGUACUUGCUGAUCAUUCUAGGCUGAUGUAAAUAAAAUUUCCAGGAAAAAAAAGAAAAAAAAAUCUGAUUAUUUUCCUUUUUAAGACACUGUGAUAUAUCAAAGUGCACAGUUUGCU